CUUGCAGAAUCAUCAUUGACAAAGCACAGCAGCAGCUGCUUGUUAUGAUUAAGAAGAGAUAAUAUUUAUCUAUAUAGCGUUAUCAGGAUGGGGCCAACAAGGGCAGUGUGUGGCAGUGUAGCAGUCUCCGGCCAGCCUCUCACCCUCUCAUCAAGAGUACAAUAUGGAACCAACUGCACCACAGGAUGAUGAUCCUCCAGCAGAAAAUCUUGUUGAGAAAAAUGAUGGCAAAACAUGGAAGAAGGCCGAUGAUAUACCUCUGAGAUUUGAUGAAUUGCCCACUGAAGAAGAUGAUUGGAUUCCUGUAGCUAGUGUUAUUCGUGCCCAAAGGGAAGAAAUUGCCAAAAGGGAGGCACAGGAAAUCAAGAUAAAGCCUCCACUAGAACUUGAUAUAAAGUCACCUAAUUUAAAAUCUAAACACAAAAAUCCUGCGAAGCAACAUUUGGAAUUAAAGAAAGAUUCCAUAAAAGAAGAAAAUAAAAUCAUACAAACCAAAGAGGAUGCUAAUAUGAGUCCUGAGAUACUUAAUGAAGACAAAAAUGAAUCUGAUGAGAACAUUGAUGCAGUAACUAGGGCCAUGAUUGACUGGGGUCUCAAGACCUCAGUCACAUACGAUCCAAAGAAGAGAAGCAAAGCUUCUAUCAACUUAGAUCAACCUAGUUAUCAGAACUCCUUUGAUGGCAAUUCCUCCAGUAAUGUAGGCAAAUUUCCAAAGGCACCUUCAGAUAAUUACAAAAAGAGUUAUGAAAGUGAACAUGCCAGUAUUUCCUCAAACUCCACAGAUGAUAAGAACUUGCAUCAUGAUUAUAAUAGACAGGAAAAGCUGUCUCAAUCUACUGACAACAGUUCUUCCUAUUAUGAAAGAGCCCAGACGAGCCCAGAAUACCACAAAGAUCCUAUUUCUGAUAGAAGAUCCAGUUAUUAUGAUGCAGAACGCUAUACAGAUCCUAUUUCUGAUAGAAGAUCCAGUUAUUAUGAUGCAGAACGCUAUACAGAUCCUAUUUCUGAUAGGAGAAAAAGUAAUUAUGAUCCAAGACACCAAAAAGAUCCUACUUCUGAUCGGAGAAACAGUUACUAUGAUCCAGGACACCAUAGAGAUCCUAUUUCUGAUAGGAGAAAAAGUUAUUAUGAUCCAGGAUACCAUAAAGAUCCUAUUUCUGAUAGGAGAAACAGUUAUUACGAUCCAGGAUACCAUAAAGAUCCUAUUUCUGAUAGGAGAAACAGUUAUUAUGAUCCAGGACAACAUAAAGAUGCUACUUCUGAUAGGAGAUACAGAUAUCAUGACCCAGAACUAGAUCAAAAUCGUGGAUAUAGACAGGAUCCUCAUCGCAACCAUAGGCAAUAUGGGGACAGAGGACAAGCUCAUCCCCACGAACCUGAUCCAUAUUACAAUGAUGAACAUGCUCGUAGUCCUAGGCAAGAAUACGAGUUUGAUAAAUAUGAGCACAACAAACAUGAACAAUAUGAUCGUGACAAACAUGGCUAUAGUAAAUACCCCAUCAAUCAUCCUAAUUAUGACCGUGGCCAUGAUCAAAGCCAUUAUCGUGGCCAUGACCUGGGUUACUAGGAAGGUGGUGGACCUAUAAAGUCCCUAUUAUUCCUGAAUGAAUGACUGCUUGCAAUGAUAUUCUAUGAAUUUUAAUAAAGCCUCACAAGCUCUUUCAGCUACACCACUAAUGUUUACACCAAAUACAAAAUUGAAAUCCAAAGGGCUACCAGGAUCUAGGAAGAAAAUCUUAAAAUUAAAACAUUCCUUGUGACAAUGGGAGUCAUGACAUCAUUGUGUUUGUUACUGGAGCUGCUUCUUUCAUUGUGUUGAAGACGUGUACAGUAGUAGUCACUAGGCCCAGAUUAAUACCAAGUCAAACACAAACACUAGUGCCCCCAAAAAAACCAAUGCAGUAAUUCUAUAACAGUAAUCUGCAUGUUUUCUGCAGCAGUGGUCAGCACAGGUCAAAACCAAAGGGUUAAAUCUUCAUGGCAGGAAAGAAAUGUUCCUUUUCACCUGAUGCUUCUGUCUAGCAGUAAAUAGGUACUUGAGAGUGUUAGGAAACUAUUGUGGGUUGCAGCCCAAAUAAUGUCAGUAGUUGGCCUAACCGGUUUCUCAUUCCCAAUUAUGGAAAACAAAUUGCCUAAUUUUGAGAUAUGAGGGUUGUUAGUGCAUCAAAAUAUCCAUUCUCUUUUUAACAAUAUUUAUAAUUAUUUCCUAUAUUACCCUGAGUUGUAAUUGUCCCCAAACACCCUGGUGCUUGAUGAAAAGCAAAAUACUUUGUCUUUAACACAUAGACUGCUGAAUUAAAUUCUUUAACCAAUUAAUUCGGAGUCUCACCAAAUGCACUUCUUUUGGAAGUACUUUGACCACAUAAAUACUUAUUAGGAAAAUUGUUUGAGCAGAACGGGAAUUAAUUUUGAUUGCCGCCGCCAGCGGCAGCUAGUUUAUUGUGCAUCCCAUACUCAUCCUGUGAGCAGUAGUGCAAAAAAAAAGAAUUACACAAGGCACAAAAGGUCUUUAUCAGACAUCAACAGGGAUUAUUAUAUUAACAAUUACAUCUAUCCUUCACAUGUUGAAUGAGCUAACAUCUGGGUAACCCGAGACAUGAUCCUUAACCCAUGGACAACGGCAUGCUAUAAGUUAUUUAACCUGGGAUCCACCUGAGUCCACUAGGAGUCUGGAGGCAUUGAACUAGUGCCAACCCAAGUUUUACAAAUAAUCUGCAUGCACUCUAGUGAACAUAAUGAAGUUCUCCACCAGGAGCAUUUGGUAAACUCCAUUACCGACACUCGAGUGCAUACAAGUUAUUUGUAAAACUUGGGUUGGCACUAACUCAGUGCUUCCAGACUCUUUGUGGAUUCAGGCAGAUGCCAGGUUAUUAUAACUUUUUGCAUGUCGUGAUCUAUGGCUUAAGGCACGCAUCUGGGGUUACUCAGGAAGCUGGUUCGAUUAUAUUUCCUGUGUAUCACUUCUUAUUGUUUUCCAGAAUUCAUGAGCAGCACUAAAUUUCGCUCAUUGCCACUAAUUUCACUGCUUAAAAACAUUGUUACCAAACUUUUCUACCUACCAUAAUAUACUUUAAAGUGCUGAUAGCAGCCUAAGGGUUAAUAAUAAAGAAUUCCACUGAUUAGCCAUAAUACUGAUCCAAAAGUUUUUUACCAUCUUCCCAAUGAAUUAUAUCUUUCUGAAUGUUGUAACAGUUAAUGAAUCUUGUUUUGCAAUUUGUGGGUCAAAUAAAUAAUUAAGAACAUUCUUAAAAAACUCAUUUAUUCUGUGGAAUCGUUCUUAUAUUGUAUAACCAAUAUUAUAUUAUUUGUGGUUUACUAUUUCUUUGUUCUUACUAACUUUACUAAGACAAUAUAAUAAUAUUUGUAAAUGUCAGGCAAUAAGAUUACAGUAUAUGUUUUCACAUUUACUAUAACAAGAUGCCACCUCCAACCUGUCAUAUGAGUACUGUAACAAAAUACAGUACUCAUAUACAGUACUUAAUUCAAAAUAACAAAGAUAUAUUGUAUACAAAAUACUUGUUUGCCAGUCAAGUUUUCUUUAACAAUACUAAAAGUACAAUUUAACUUUCAUUUUCUUGACAAAUGGUGGUAGUAUUGACAAAUAGGUAGUAAUAGUACAGAGAUCAUUGUUUGUACUGAUAUUUAAGGAUUUGUUUAUAGUGUUGGAACAACAUUUAGUUUGAUAGUUUAAAACAAUACAUUAAAAAUUAUAUACAAUACA